AUGUCGAAAGAAAGUGAGCGCAACGCUGCCGCUGCUACGAUUGUGGCUGCCUUCACGACAGUGUUGGCCGCGGUUAACUCGCCUCUACACUUCUCUCCAGAAUUACGCUAUAGGACUAUGGGUCAGUGGAUUCGUUAUUUUGCUGACUAUAUGUCUUCUAUACCUGCUGAGUGUACGAGCAGUGUGGAGACAUUCCCGGAGCUCCACGACAUAUGCGACAAUUGUACUCUCCGUGUAUCCUGUGAGUAUAGACAAGUGGUAGCGGCGUCGGCAUACGUAGCUACCAUAGUACCAAGAGCGACGCUGCUAUGCGAGGCGAUUGCCCAGCAAGUGGUCAUGCUGGCCCUCUAUAACUUCUUUUGUAUGGUUAUCAUCGAUUGCGGUGGCGUCGACAGACUCAUCUCACGGGCUGGUGACUGCCGCCUGGAGACAAGAGUUCUGCCUUGCUGUUGCUGGCCAUGCUGCAUUAUUCCAAGACCACAGCUGCAAAGACGAAACUUAUUGCGUAUACGGUAUCUGGUACUACAGAUGCCAGUGAUUCAAGCACUCGUAUAUAUCAGUAUCCUGAUAAUAUGGGCCGAGGAUAUGAUCUUGUUCACGCAUAAUUUCAUGUAUUUUCAACCGCUGGUUGCAACAUCGAUCCUGACGGGUCUUUGGGGUAUUAUGAUGUGCGUACGAGCAGCGGAAAAUGCUGGUGCGAAGCCCCGACCGAGACUGCUCGCUCUACAGCUGGUGCUCUUCAUAGUCAAGCUUCAGUACGGCAUUGUGAGAGCGUUGCCGACGAUGUUCCGAAUGCCUUGUGUCAUGGCGCUACAUCCAGCUGUCUUUGUCAACUUAUUGCAGAAUAGCACUACCAUAGUGGAAAUGCUUCUGCUAUCAGUGUUGGCUUGGAAACUGUACAGUGUACCACCGACCAAGGCAAUCGACAAGGUUCACCACGCCGUCAUCACCACCGUAGAAGAAAACAGUCUCGACUUCAAGAGUUUGGGGAUCGAAGCCUUAAAUUCUAAAAGCUUAAUGUGAUUCGUAAGGAAAUAAUCCUUUGACGACGUUAUGUCUUGAAAAUUUUCAUUAGCUAACAAGUGCAAUACUUUAUUGUUACCGUAGGGAAGUAAUUUCAUAAUUUCAUUAUGUUUUCCUGAACAUAGGUGCU